UGUCAGUAUUUUUGUCAGUCGGGAAUAUUCAGUCGGAUCGAUUGGAAGUACAGAAAAAUGGAGCGGUAGCUAUAAUCAUCAAAUGAGAGAAUCGGCCUUUGUCCGCUAUUUUAGCGAUUAUUUUAACAUCGUUUUCGAAAGAAAUGUUGUGCGAGUUUUUGGAGUGAUUUAAAUUGUAUAAAAAAAAUCUAAAAAGAAUAAAUCCAGUGAGGCAGGGUAGUGAAUAUAUUAAUUUUUGUGAUCGUUUGCCAUUAAUUUUUUUUAAAUUCGUUUUUUAUACCCCAUUUGUUAAAAAAAAGUUAAAAUUGAAUAACAUCGUAACUGGUGUUAAAAUCAAAGAAAAAAUAAAAUUCAAUUUUGAAUAAUAUAAAUUUCCAAUACAUACAAACAGCUGCACAAUGGUUGAACGUAUUUUGGAAGAAAGAUCAUCCGAAGCCAAUUCUGGCUCAAAUAACGAAGUGACUCGUUAUUCAAGCGAGGAAAUUUCCGGAAAUGAGUCAGGCGAAGUAAUGACGAUGACGGAGACGGAAAGGCAGGCUGAUUUCAAUCGUCACAAGGAAGAAAUGAAGAAGAAGCGACGCAAGAAGAAACGUACCAGUUCAUCGUUGCAAUCUUCAACAUUUCAAGAGCUGUACAAGUUAACCGGUGAAAUAUUGGGCGAAGGUGCAUACGCGUCUGUCCAAACUUGUAUUAAUAUUUACACAGAGCUGGAAUAUGCUGUGAAAAUUAUUGACAAGAUACCUGGUCAUGCAAGGGCUCGAGUUUUCCGUGAAGUUGAAACCUUUCACCAUUGUCAAGGACAUCCCGGUAUCCUGCAAUUGAUCGAAUUUUUUGAAGAUGAGGAUAAAUUUUAUUUAGUAUUUGAAAAGAUUAAUGGGGGACCACUACUCACUCGUAUCCAAGAGCACGUGUGUUUUUCCGAACAUGAGGCCGCUCAAAUUAUCAAGGAAAUUGCGUCGGGUCUAGAUUUUCUGCACAAGAAGGGCAUAGCUCAUCGUGAUUUAAAACCCGAAAACAUUCUCUGUGUGAAUAAGGACCAAUUGUGUCCGAUAAAAAUUUGUGAUUUUGAUCUGGGAUCGGGUAUUAAAUUUACGAGUGAAUUUAAUGAUGAGGCGGCAACACCACAGUUGCUUACACCGGUUGGCAGCGCUGAAUUUAUGGCUCCAGAAGUUGUGGAACUGUUUGUUGGCGAGGCGAAUUACUACGAUAAGCGUUGCGACUUGUGGUCACUUGGUGUUAUUGCCUACAUUUUACUGUGCGGAUAUCCACCGUUUUCCGGUAAUUGUCAGCAAGAUUGUGGAUGGAAUCGCGGGGAGAAUUGUCGCAGUUGCCAAGAAUUGCUGUUCGAAUCGAUUCAAACCGGUCGAUUCAGUUUUCCUGAGAGUGAAUGGACGAAUGUUAGCAGUGACGCUAAAGAUUUGAUUUGUAAAUUACUUGUCAAAGAAGCACCGAAGCGUCUGAGUGCCGAGGCUGUUUUGAACCAUCCGUGGAUUAAAAUGGUCGAAGACACUGAAGAUAAGAUUGAGAAGCGGCGUCGCGCUUUGAAAACUCCUGGUAUAAUUCGACGCAAUCAAUCAGCACGAGAAUUAUCUAACUUUGCUGAGUCGGCUAUGGCUGUGAAACGUGUAAUCCUACAGCAUUUUUCGAUGAAGUACGAUUACUUGACAAAAGAACGUCCAAACAUAUACCAACCGUCACGCGCCGAGUUCCAUUUGGGCAGCGGUGACGAAGAUAUUGAAGUAGGUGAAGAUGCAUCUGCAAUCCAAUCAUCAUCGAUUGAGUUCGAAAGUAAUGGUUCCGACACCACCACCACUCCGGACGCAACCAAUGACGAUGAUCCGGUGUGCCAUCGACCGAAUGGCAGAUCAAUUGAAACACAUUCGUCGAGCGGCGCAUUGGAUAGUAUUAUAGAAAUGAAAGAGAAAUUGCCUGAUACUUAUAACAUUAGCUAUAAGAAUGCUGCUUCCGCACAAUCGAAUCCGUUGCUAUCGGGUCGUGAUUCCACAUUCAAUGACGGCUACUACAAGCCGACCUACACGAGCAUCCGCCCCGAGGAGAAUUGGCGCAAUCGAAGCAACAACGCAACCAGCGAUAGAUAUUCGAAAAAUCAGCGAAACUAUCGUAAUUUCAAAAAUGCUAACCACAACAACAACAACAACAUGAAUAAUUAUGGUGGCGCGGCGCGCUAUCGUCAACAGCGCAACAAAGGCUACAACAACAGCUACAACAAUGACGAUUCGAAGUACGACCAUGUCAACUGGCGCAACGAAUGCAUGACCAAUUCGUCGUCGCGUAAUUGUGGUAUGAUCGCCGAACGAUUGCUCGAACGGCGUGAAUCGGAUACGUCAGACAUUGGCAUCGGUCUCUCACCGCCCAGUGAAAGUCUGUUGAUCCAGCGACGUUUGCGCUCGGGCAGUCGUUCGUCCGACAUUUCUCUGCAUGGCCUGCAUUCGCCAGCGGCUGCUAAUGGCUAAAAUCAGUAAAAGGAAGUGGGCGGGAGAGUAAAAGAGUUAAAUGAAGAGAAAGAAAGAAAAAAAAGUUCAGCAAAAGCAAAAACUCUCUCAAAACUUUAUUUACUAUAAAAAGGAGAAAAUUGUUUUCAUUUCGAGGAAAAUGUCAAGAAGAGGAAGAAGAAGAAGAAAAAAGUUUGCCGAAUUGACACCACAAUUUUUCACGUGAAUGGUUUUUUUUAAGGAAACGAAAGAAAAAUUUAAAAUUUGUUGUAGUUUGCAAGAUGGAAUAUCCAAAAACAACUUUCUUACAUUUAUAUUUUUUAUUAAUUAAAAAUCAAACGCUUUGUUUCUACUUUUCCUUAUUAUUUUUUUUUAAAUUAAUUUAAUUUGGUUCCAAUUUUUACUUUAAAUUUUUUUUUUUUU